AUGGUCAGUAAGGAGGCCGGCAGGUGCCUGCUCACGGCCUCGGAGAGUGAGGUGGAACCGGCCGCAUCACUGGCCCUGGAGAUGAAAUACACCCUGGACCCCAACCGGCAGGUCAGGAAGCGGAACAAGGCCCUGCAGGUGAGGUUCAAGGACAUCUGCGAGGCGCAGAGCGAGCAGAGGGACCAGCAGCUGGUGGCCGGGGCGCAGGGCGAGCGGCGGGAGGCCAAGGCCUCAGCGGCCACACCCUCGUCAUCCUCGCACAAGGUUGCGUACCGCAAGUACAUGACGGUGCCUGCACGCAGGGCCAUCCCCAACGUUACCCGCAGCACGGGCGUGCAGACCUCACCUGACCUCAAGAAGUGCUACCCGACCUUCCCGCUGGACCGCAAGAAAGGGGCUGCCAAGGGCCCCCCCUCUGAGGACCCCUUCACAGGCCAGGACAACGGCUUCCUGGGUGAUGCCAAGGACAGGGGCGAGGGCCAGGCCCCCGGGCCGGCCCGGAUCUACACGAGGGCCCUGGUGUGCCACUCCAGCGAGGACAUGAACUUGGAGGACCAGCCUCCAGGGCUCAACUGCACCGAGCCUUGUUCAAACCUCGACUCCCACAGCUGUCCGGACACCCUGCUCCUGGACAUGGACCAGUCUCCCAGGGAGGAUUCGGACCUCCAGCUGCAGGGCCCAGCAAAGCCUGACGCCGAGGACCCCGCCCAAGGGAUCCCCGGCAGGGUGUUUAAGACAGAGGUAGCCGCGAUCUACACCCCGGCCCUCAGCCCCCAGGCCCCGGAGUCUGCCUUGUCCAGCUCCGCAGCUGCCAGCGAGUGGUCCCUGUGCCCGGUGGACGAGGACCCCAGGAGGGCGGUGCACCUCAAUGGGCUGCAGGGGCCCCCAGGCGCCAUGCUGGCCUGCCUGCCCCCCACGCAGUGCCCGUCCCAUGAGUGUGGCGAGCAGCCCCCACAGACUGAAGCCCCUGCUGAGGAGGAGACCCAACCUUGUCCAAGGGUGCUCGCCGCGCGCGGGGACUGCCAACAAAUCGUGCCUCACAUGGAAGUGGUCGACCUGAAGGCCCAGCUCCAGGCGAUGGAGAACCUAAUCAGUUCCAGCCAGGAGACCAUCAAAGUGCUCUUGGGGGUCAUUCAGGAGUUGGAGAAAGGAGAGGCGCACCGGGAAGGGCUUUCCUAUCGGACGGGGCAAGACACAGCUAACUGUGACACAUGCAGGAACAGUGCUUGCAUUAUCUAUAGUGUGGAGCUGGAUUUUAAGCAGCAAGAAGACAAGCUCCAACCAGUUCUGAGGAAACUCCAUUCUAUUGAGGAAACUCAGGUCGCACCCUUGCCUUACUCUCAGGAGAUGUACGCCUCCUCCACUCCCAAGCAAAAAUCCAAAACGGAAUCUAAAAAGCACGCCAGAUGGAAACUCUGGUUCCUAUGAAACUCGCCAUGUCCAGAACGGAAAGGCCGCCUUUGGAACGCCCCGGAGUCAGGUGAAGCCUUUACCUUCCGAGACCCAGGGGAUGGGCCGCAGCCUGGUGUUGGCUUGGGCAGAGUCACGCCUGAGCACCAGAACAGAUGACCCGCCGGGCGCCAGGCAUUGCCCCCACCCGCACCUCGCCAGCUGCUCCUGGCAGAGGGCUGCUGUGGGAGUCAAACUGGCACUGAUGAAGACAGGUUAAAAACUCUCUUGGCCCCAGCCCCCUCUCCAGGCCUGUGAGAACCACGUGACCAACCCACGGAUGGGCCCGCCGCGGUCACUCUGCACAGCCAGGAGCGCAGUGUUCGAUCCGAGCCUUUAUUUCCAUUAAUUAAGCAAGGAGCAGCGGCAGCCUUACGUUUGCAGAGGACCUCAUUUUGCAUUUCGUUUUGCAAACACGCAGGCGGCGGGGCCGUUUUCAGCACACCCAAUUCUGGAGAAAGCACAAUUUUUUCCCCAAGUGGUCAGAGACCACGAGUAACCCCUCUCGCAAAUGUGACAAUGUGUAUACUUGCCCUUCAUGUGCUGUAGCUCCCUGCCCGGCGACCGUAUCACCGCGCCCCGCACCACACCUCAGACCUGCCCUCCUCUCCAUCCCCAAACCCAACACGCGUUUACUGUUCAUUUUCCAAACGGCCAGCAGCCAGGAGUCUCCCCGCCAGGGGGACCUGCCUUCGCACGUGAGACCAUCACAGGCCUGGGGUUUCAUCUUUUGGUCCCCGCCAGGCCGAAGGAUGAAUUCUGGCAAGCACUUGAGAAGAGAUGGAUCGAUGGUGACUGCUGGAUAGAGGGGCCUGAGAAGCCCCGCUGCCACCCCAAAGUGUUCUUGGCCACCUAGGGUCCCUCUUCGGACACAUGGUACGCUACUGUCAGCUCAGCCAAUGUUUUAAAUGACUCCCCCUCUUGCUUCAUCAGCCUUCUGGGAACCCCGACCAUCUCAGCGAGAAACCACGUGGUUAGUGUAGCUGCUACCAGCCCCCAUGUCCCCCACGGUCAGCCAACUCAUAGUCCCGCAGUGACAUUUUAGGGAAAAGCUGUGAAUUGACGUUUUUAGCUAUUUUUUUAAAUCAACCACGCCACCCCUGGACUUCUCUCUGGAUUCCGCACCAUGCUGGAAAUUUCCAUUCCUUUAUUUUUUCACUCAUUCCUUUGCACAAUUUGCAAAUCUCUUUUUAUAGGAAAACCCCAAAUCCUGGGGCCGCCUGAUGACUUUUGUCAAUCGGUUUUGUUUUUUUCCUUUCUGCCUUUCAUGAUAGGAAAGCUUACGCUGCCUUCCAGGGAGGGGGCAUGACUUGGAUUUCGAAUAGUCCGAACCACCUGAGGACACCAGCCGCCAAGCGUCCGUCCA